AAAAAUAAAAAAUAAAAAAACCUUUCUAUACAUGCAUGAAAUUGAAGCAUAGGAUUCCAAAACCUUUUACAUUUAGCAAGAAAGAUCCUGGCCAAGCUAGGCCCUUCAAAAGACCCGCGCCUGCUGUUCUUCUUCUUCCCGCUGCAGCCACCCGAAGAAAAAAAAGAAGGGAACCCGGCACCAGCUUUGAGAAACCGAAAUUCCGGAUCUGCCCUGCUCUGCUUCUCACCGCCGGCUGUUCCUUGCUUGUGAGUGCGAAUUGCCUUGAUUUUCUGCCCCGUGAGUCCCCUGCACUACCGCCGGCUUCUUCCCCCCUGCUAGGUCCGGUUCUUGCUGGAUUUUCUGGUAUGUUAACAGCCCUCCAAGCCCCGAAUUUGUCCAUUUAUUUGGUUGUAAUUUGCUGCCUUGUGGUGUCCGAAAGUUUGCAGAAAAUAGGGGAUAAUUCCGGUAGCUUUAGGAUGAGAUUUAAGCACUAAUUCAAGUGGGUUUUUGUUUAAUUUAAGUGUAAAUUGCUUGAGUUGGCUGCUGUGAUUUUUGGAGAGAAAAUCCCGUGAAAUUAGGUAGUGUUUUGCCAAUUUUGGAAGUUGGAGUUACUGUUCACGUCGUGGUUACUGUUCACGGGUACUGUUCAAGUCACUGUUCAGAGGUCACUGUUCACACACCGAGGGUCUACAAUUAAGGGGGAUUUAAAUGAUUAGUUUGUGAUAUAAGAACAAAUUUGGAGAUAUCUGGUAAUGUGGAGAUUGAUAGGGAUAGCAUCUUGAGUAGGGGUAGUCAUGGUGAUUUUACUUUUGAAUUUGUGAUAGUACGGUAAUUAAUUUUUGGGUAUUUUGAUUGCGUUCCUGAUCAUUCUAUCAGUUUAGUGCAUUUGGAUUGAAUCUUUGGUUUUAUGCGAGUGAGGUAAGUAAAUUUAUGGUAAUGCCCGUGCAGUUUUUAAAAGCAUGUUUUGAUUUGUUUUUGAAGUGGUGGCGAGACUAAACCCAUUUUACACAAGUAUGAUCGAUUGAAGUGAAAUUUUUAUGCUUUUCAUUAAAUUGAGCAUGCUUACUUGAAAUUUAAUUGAUUGUCCUGAUGAUUUGAAAGUGAUUGGUGAAGUAUGAUUUUCUGUUAACUUCAGCCUAUUUUGUCUCCGAUGUGGUCAUGUUAUUAGUGACCCUGCUAAUGGGGAUUAUACGCUAGCACAUGUCGACAUGUUAGUGAUAGAGCCGGUUCGUUCAACCUUGCUAGUGGGGGUUAUACACCAGCAAAUAGUGUGCCUGCCAAUGGGAGGUUUAUAACACUGGCCAUGACCUAUAGAGGAGACGUUUAUUUCGUUCCCGUACUGUAUCUGUUUUUCGUGAUUACACUUGUUGGCAUGCUAUAAGUUUAAUAAGGGGCACUCCAUAUU